AUGGACACAUUCCCAGAUGAACUACUCAUCGCUCUCCUGCCAACUCUGCGCCGGAGUGAUAUACGAAACUUGUCGUUGGUAAAUCGUCGCUUUGCUAUUGUGACAAUUCCUCGCCGUUUCGACGUCCUUCGCCUGGGCCAAAAUCUGCCCCACAUCGCUCCACUGCUCCACCAACAGCCAUAUCAUGCCAACUGUGUCAAGAAGCUCAUCAUCAAUCUUUCGCCAAAUCAAAGCAAUGAUUAUCUUGCGAAUGUCCUUGAAGAAUGUGCACCUCUCCUGAAAAAUGUCACGACACUUAGUUGGAAGCAACCCGAAACAUCCGAUAUUUCGUGCUUGCCGUCGGCUUUGGCAGAGCAUAUCACCAAUUUGGAGUUCUUUGAAGUCCGGACUGUUUCCCUUCUCAGUCCCGACCCGUCGCUCACCAGUACAGAAGCCCUCACAAACCACAUGUUUCCAAAUCUCCGCCAUUUCACCCUGUGGAGCACGUCUAGGCACUAUGCACGUUUUGACGACGCUCAGAUCUCCACUCUGCUGAACACUUUUGUCACUCUGACAACACUAAUUCUGGACAGUUUACAUCCCUGGGAGUGCCAGCAUCUUCGCCUUCCGUGUUUGGAGAACGUAGUUAUCAGAUACCUUUCGUACGGCUUUACCAGCGAUCAACUCUCCGGACUGUUAGGUGCUCCUUCGCUGGCGCGGGUCGAUAUUGGCACUACGAGCGAUGCGAGACCAAUCAUCGACUGGCUCUCUCACAAUCCGAUAUAUCGAGACUUUAGAUCUCUGCGACUUGUCACCAGGCCAGUCAAUUACGACGGAGGGGAGAGCCUGUACGCUCACUUGGCUCAGUUCUUCUCCUCACAUCCGACAAUCGAGGAGUUUGACAUUUACUCACCCGGGAGGGUCCUCCAAAGGAACCUGAGGGGCCUACUCAAGGCGGCUCCGAAUCUCAAGCGAUUUGGGACAGCUAUACAGAGCGAUAUGGACGAUGGAUACGAAGCCUUUCUUACCAUAACCUCAUCGCUCCCUCGGGAUCUGACAAAGCUCGAGCUACGAGGUGUUCCUAAUCCGUACGACGGAACCAAACUCAAAAUGAUAGCAAAAAGACUCCCCAAACUAGAGUACCUCGAGCUUAACUCCUCUUGCUACAAACCGUUGCUCAAGGAAAAACGAACGGUUAUGAAUAUCGCGAUGACCGUCCGCUCUGUGGGUUGGAUAGAGCUGGAGAAUGCGGUGGGCAAAAUUGGACAGGACCCACGACAUGCGUCAGCGGAUGGACGGUAUUCACAGUGUCUCCAAUCGUCGACGACCGCCAGUAGCACAAGCAAGGCAUCGAGUAGCUCGAGCAGUAGCACCAGCAAGACGUCGAGUAGUUCGAGCAGUAUCAGUACAAGGACGAGCUCAAGCACGUCUCGAACAUCCUCUAGCACUUCAUCUGCACCGAGCGUCAGCGGAACCGCAACAGGCAAGUUCUGGUUCAGCUUUGGAGACUCGUACACCCAAACCGGAUUCUCGUAUUCCGGAACUCAGCCUUCGAACACUAACCCGUUCGGCAACCCGACUUAUCCUGGCUACACGGCUUGCGGAAGCGUCCCCAAUUGGAUCGACUACGCCGCCACUACUUACAACUCGACCGUUGUCAAGGUGUAUAACCAUGCGUACGGAGGCGCGACUAUUGACGCGAAUCUUGUUACGCCUUACACGAGCACCGUCAAGUCUUUGGUGGACCAAACAAACGACUUUCUUAACUACAAUGCCCCAGGCAAGGCGUACUAUCCUGGCUGGUCGUCCUCAAAUACACUUUUCAGUGUAUGGAUUGGCAUCAACGACAUUGGUAACAGCUACUGGCGAUCCGAUGCAACGACGUUCGAUGACACUCUCUUGAAUCGCUACUUCCAGCUCGUGCAAUCUCUUUACAGCGUUGGUGCAAGGAAAUUCCUGUUCCUUACCGUUCCCCCUAUUCAGCGUUCCCCUCUGAUGCUCGGCCAAGGCUCUUCUGUAACGGCCACAGAAAAGGCUGUCAUCGCAGACUACAACUCCAAAUUGGCAGCCAAGGCCGCAGCGUUUGCAUCUGCAAAUUCGGGAGUAACUGCACUGGUUUAUGACACCUCUACCGCCUUCAACACCGUGCUUGACAAUCCUUCUGCCUAUGGUCUUCAAGACGCCACCUCUUAUGGCUCAGGAAAUACCUAUGCGUGGUGCAACGACUAUCACCCUAGUCCAGUUAUUCACAACGCAUUGGCGUCCGACCUCUCCAAGCUGAUCAAGGGGACAUACAUCUAA